UCGUACUACAUCAUUCUCACAGUAUCGAAAGGAAAUAGUUACCGAUCUGAGCGGCUCUGAUAUAUCUGUUUAAGUGUCCGAGUGCCUUAAAAAGGUAUGACGUCAGUUUUCGAAUCUUCGUAAUACCACUAAUGAUUACAGCGUUCAUAAUGAAGAUCAGAGGUGUCGUAUAUAACUUUGGUAAGCAAAAAUUAUCGACUUGUCCCGUUAAAGACGAUGUUACAGUAUUUAACAGACAAGUCUACUACCAGAAAUUGGGAUCCCAACAGGAUUUCGAUAGCAAGCCAAACGAUUGGGAUGACGCACUUCCGUUUGAAAAAAUCCCUGGUCCAAAACCUCUUCCCAUAAUAGGAAAUACUUUUAGAUUUUUGCCCUAUAUUGGAGACUUCUAUGGUGUUGACCUGAAGGAAUUACAAAGGCGAUUUUACAAACAAUAUGGUAGAAUUGCCAUACUAAAAGACUUGAAAGUAGCCAAAAACAUAGUCCUACUAUAUUCUCCAGAGGAUAUAGAAAAGUUACAUCGAAACGAAGGCGUUUGGCCUCACAGAGAGGUCCUUAAUUCAUUUACAUACUAUCGCAAUAUACUAAGAAAGGACAUAUUUCAAGGAAUUGGUGGAGUAGCAACUGUGCAAGGAGAAGAUUGGUUCAAUAUUCGUUCCAAAGUUAAUCCAAUACUCAUGCAGCCAAGGAUGGCUCAUCAGUAUAUAGAUAAAAUGGAUGAAGUUGCUGAAGAUUUAGUAAAACGAAUGAGACAGUUAGCUAACCGAAAUAAAAACAGAGAAAUGCCUCCGGACUUUAUAAAAGAAUUAAACAAAUGGGCUUUAGAAGCAGCUGGACUAAUUGCUCUAGAUAGGAGAUUAGGUUGUUUAGAUGAUUUAGUCCCCGAUUCAGAAACACAAAAGUUGGUAGAUUACGUCAUCGAAAUGUUUUGGCUGAUUUAUCAAUUCGACGUGUUGCCAUCCCUUUGGAAAUAUAUUAGCACUCCCUUAUGGAAAAGAUACAUAACGGUGUUGGAUUACAUAACACUAACGUUUGUAAAGUAUAUAGACGAAACGGCCAAAAACAUUGGUGACAAAUUGCAAAAUAAAGCGGAAUAUGAAAUGAGCAUUUUGGAGAGACUUUUGAAAUUAGACCCACGUAUUGCAAAAGCUACUGCUAUUGAUACACUAACCGCUGGCAUAGACACGACUGGCAAAACUACCGGAGCAGCCUUAUACUUUUUAGCACGGAAUCCAAAAGUACAGACCAAAUUAAGGGAAGAACUCUGCAGAGUGCUCCCAACCAAAGAGACACCAGUUACUAAGGAAAUACUUGCAGAAACACCUUAUCUUAAAGCAGUUAUUAAAGAAACUACUAGAUUCUGUCCAAUUGCCAUAGUAAAUAUAAGAAAAACAUUGAAGGAUCUUGUUCUUGGAGGAUAUCAGAUUCCAAAAGGGACCAUUGUUCACACGGCAAAUGGUGUAUUGUCUUUAGAGGAAGAACAUUUCGUGAAAUCAAAAGAAUUUAUACCUGAAAGGUGGAUAAGAAAUGGAGAAAAGGAAAUUUCAUGCAAAAAUACUCAUCCGUUUGUAUUUCUACCGUUUGGAUAUGGACCUAGGGCUUGUUUGGGUAAAAGAUUAGCUAAUAUGGAAAUGGAAAUCGUACUUGCAAGGAUCAUAAGAAAUUUGUUUCUUGAAUGGCCUCAUGCUGAUAUGAAAUUUACGACAACCCUAGUGCAUGGUGUUGGAGAUCCUUUAAAGCUGCGAGUGACGGAAGUAGAUAAAUAGUUCUUUAUAUUACCAUAAAAUAAAAUAUUUCAGUUGAA